AUUUAAGCACGAAACCUGACUAUCUUUGGUUUGUGUGCGAGUAGUAAAGCAAAAUGAAACAAAAUAUCGAUAUUACAUUCGCCAAAAUUUGGCUGGCAGUUGCAUAUUUCAUGCUUGGUUCAUGUACAGUGUAAUAAACUCUAGGUGAUAAUAAAAAUAUAAUUGUUUUGAUUGUAAUUAGAUCAGUGGGAUUGGGAACUUGAAAAGUAUGGGCGAGAUAACAAUUACACAGAAUGUAUCCACCAUGUUAUAGAAAUAAGACAAUAACAGGAUUGUAAUGGUGUGUAAUGUCACAACAAACAUCCACUUUUACAACUGGACAAUUUGUUGGUGCUAGUAGUAGUAAUGAUAGUUUACUUGGUUCACCUAUACCAUAUCAACCAGUUUGUCAGAGAUGCUUUAAUCCACUACAAUUGGAUCAAGAUUUUGAACACUUACAGAAAACAGAAUUAUUGACCUUAAUUGGUAAGAUAUUCUAUUUCUUUUUGUAAUGUACAUUGUAUGUUUUGUUUGCUCUCAAUAAUAAAGUUUAUAUUUAUCAAAUUGUUAUCACUUUUCGCAGUCAAUAGAUUAAUGAAUCAAAUGGUUUAUUAAUAAAAAUUAAAUAAAGUGACAAUAAGACAAGUGAACUUAUUAACCUUUAAAUAGUGAGUACAUUAGACUGAUUUUAUGUCAGAUUUUGUGCUUCUAAAUAUUCUGUUGAUUUCAUCGCGUUUUCUAAUAACUAUUUAUUUCGUUAUUUUUUGUGACAUGGAAAAUCCUCGCAGUUGUUUCACGUUAAGAAUGCAAACAAAUAUAAUUAGUAGACACUACUCAAGUAAGAAGGCGAACAGAAUAGCAUUUUUCCUUAUUGAACGAUCUAUAUCUUCAUUCUGCAAACACAAUUUACCCUUUCUCGACUGAUACUUAAUCGUAUGCACUGUUAAUUAUCCGUCUUAUGUGGGUUUAUAAACUAUAUUACUUUUUUAUAUUUUCAAAAGUGUUUGUAAUCAAGUGUAUAAUCGGUUAAUACUUGACUGACCACACCGUGGGGAACGAACUGGGACCAAUGGGUUCAACCUUCCUUAGUACUCUUUUUGAUCUAGCUUUUUAGAGAUAUCCAUAAAAAGAUAAGAUCGAUUGAUUUGCUUAAUACCCUUUGGAAACAUCUUACUGAGCCCAUACCUUAUUACAGUCAGCAAUGAAACUGAGUUCUGGGCCCUAAGAUGUGUUUUUAUUUGUUUCCUCUUUCUUAAAUCCACCCGACUGGUGGCUGUUCCAGCCAUCAUAAGUCAGACAUAUCGUUAUGCUUGGGAAACCUGAUCGCUAUAUCAAAGUAAUGACUGUGGCCGAGACUUUAAUAUAAAUAAAAGGAAUCAAUCUUCACACUAUUUCUUCCGCCUCCCUGAUAGGUUUUUUAAAAUUGGUUUUGCAAAUACAUCUUUUUCAAUCUUAGAUGCUACGACUACUGACAGUGAAACAUCUGAUCCAAUUAAUUUAGUACCUGUUAAAAAUUCGACCACUCCUCGACCAAGAUUCAUCGUCCCACCGAAGUAAGUUUUCUUUAAAAAUAGGUACAUCUGAUGGUUCUUUAAUAACUCAGUUUUGGACAUAGUUUUGAAUAUUUAUGUGAGUGUAAAAGUUGUCUGAUUUUUUUGCAUUCUGGGUUGUGUAGAAACUCACCUGAACAUAGAAAUCAAAACCUUUGAAUGAAUUGGUUUGUACCCUUCCCAAAUCUUAUCUAUGUACAAUCAAGUUGUUCGUGUGAUUAUUUCUUUGCGGUUCAGUGAUGAGACAGCACAUCAAGUACAAGUUCAUAUAAUUGGCUUCGCGCCAUACUUUGUAUCUAAGGGCCAGUGAUACUACUGGACUGCCAGAACUGAAAUAGGUUGAGUCUUAAACUUGCGGUUUAGUGACUAAACGUUAAUCGCCGCACACAUUAGGUUUAUUUAUAUAUAAUCCUUAUUUGCUCAUUAACUUCAUAACUUCUUCGUUGUGUUGGUUAUUAAGUUCAGCACUGUCCUUGUUAAAUGAUGAAGAAGAUCCACUUGAAACUCUUCAGUCAUAUGCCGGACCUACUUCAAGUCUUGACCAUCGUCUCAAGGUGAAUGCCUGUUUAUUUGAUGUAUUAAGUGGUCGUACUGAAGUUGAUCAUCCUCUAUGCCAGGAAUGUGCUGAUACUUUAUUGUUGGCUAAACAACAAUGUUUAGAAUUUCAGGAAGAAGAAAUGAAAUGUUUGCAAUUUUACUUAUCGUACCUUGAUUCGACUGCUGGGAAAAUUGAAGCUAAAUUCAAGUCUAAACAAGCGUUUAAAUUAAAGUCAACCCAGAAAACGGAAAGUAAGAAUCUUUCAUGUGAAACAAUCACUCAAUCACAUGAUCAAGUCCCUGAAAAUCAUAGCACUAUCACAUCUAGUGAAAACAAAAUUGUAUUUGAUAACAUCGUUGACGAUGAUGAUACUACUGUUCAUGAUGCAAACAACGAGUUGGCUAACGAUUCAACAUUAAUUGAUUCUGUAUUAAGUCUUGCAUUUGAUGAUAACAAUGAUAGUGAUAAUUAUUUUGAUGAUGAUGACGAUGAUGAUGGGGGUGGUGAUAACGACGACGACGACGACAAUAACAACAUAGGUGAUAGUAGUUAUGCUGUGAAAAUAGAUAAAAAUAUUAAAAAAUAUACAUCAAAUCGUAAAAAAUACGGUGCAAAUGUAAGUGAACUUGAACAAACAUUAAGUGCUUUACAAUCCAAUUUAAAUGAAUUAUUAAUUGAAAAUGACAAAUUAGAUAAACAAAUAAUUCAAGAUACAGUUGAACUAGAAAAGCGUACGGAAGAAUUAGAUAGAGCUACAACUCAAUAUAAUGAUCAAAAACUGGCCUUAAUAGAAGCAGAAGAAGAAAUGCAGUGCUUAGAAUCCCGACUAAGCUAUGCUCGAAAUCAUUUACAUAGAUUACAGCGUACAAAUGUACUUAAUAUUGCUUUUCCUAUAUGGUACGAUGGUCAUAUUGGUGUAAUCAAUGGACUACAUCUUGGUCGUUUGCCCAAUCGUCCUGUUGGUUGGGAAGAGAUCAAUGCAGCUUGGGGUCAAUGUGCUUUAUUAUUACAGUGCAUUGGGAAGAAACUGAAUCACACUUUUCAAAAUCAUCGUAUUGUGCCAAUGGGAAGCCAAUCAAAAGUGGUUCAACUAUCGAUAUCGAAAGAAUUUCCUCUUUAUUAUACUACUGGUGGCAUGCGAUUAUUAAGUGCCGGCAAAUUCGAUACAGCUAUGAUAAAUUUUUUAGAUUGUUUAAAUCAAGCUCAACAAAUUAUAGAGCAUACAUCCAAUAUACAAUUACCUUUUCGCAUUAAGGAUAAGGGAAAAUUACAAGAUCCUGAUGGUCAAAUUUAUUCGAUUAAAUGGAAUGGGAAUUCUGAAGAAAAUUGGACUAAAGCUUUAAAAAUGAUGCUUAUCAAUAUGAAAUGGAUUAUAGCUGCAUUAUCUACGAAAAAGAAUAAAAAAGCAAUUAAUAUUCAAUCAACUCCUAGUACUAUUGAUAAAUAAUCCAAUAAUAAUAGUAUGUCUAUGUGUGAGCUAAAACAUUGAUGUAAUUCUCCUUCUCCUAUUGUACAGUAUAUGACUACAGUUGUGAAUGGUUCAUUUUGAUUAAUAUAAGGAAUUAUUGUAUUGUCUUUCAACAUUAUUUUCCAUCUAUGUAAUAAUUGUUACAUAAUACAUGAUGAAAUAAUCAUUGUUUACGUUUCUUUUUUCAUCAGUGAUGGGUGAAUUAAAAAGUAUUUUAUUAUUAUUAUUAUUAUCAUUAUCAAAAAGAGUAUUGUGUAUAUAAUUGUUUCAUUCUUUUAUUGGUACUUUUACCCUUUUUUUAUUGAUCGACUACAAAUUCUUUUCUAUAAAAUAAAUUCAUGUACUACUAUUUA